AUGGAUCCAGUUUUAGCUGGCCUGUGCAGCCCUCUGCUGACGUUCCCUCCCCCCUGCCCACUCCUGACCCCCACGAGGACAUACCUGAAGUACAGAACACCAAACCUGCACCAGUUACACCUCCGCGGCCCGCCCAAGCCCAAACCAAAGAAGCUGAAAGGGACGGAGGGGCGGCCUCAGCUCAAGGGCGUCGUACUCAAGGUCUUCAUCCGCAAGCCCAAGAAGCCCAACUCUGCCAACCGCAAGUGCUGUCGCGUCCGGCUGAGCACGGGCCGCGAGGCCAUCGCGUUCAUCCCCGGGGAGGGUCACAACCUGCAGGAGCACAACGUGGUGCUGGUGGAGGGGAAGCGGCCGCAGGACCUGCCAGGGGUCAAGCUCAAGGUCAUCAGGGGGGCGCUGGACUGUGCGCACGUUAAGAAGAAGACACAAUAAACAGCAGUCUCUGUGCAUCAGGGGGGCGCUGGAC